AUGCCGAUGAUGGCUGAGCCGGUGAAGCUCAUCGGCUGCUUCGAAAGCUCAGUGGUGCACCGCGCCGAGGUGGCCCUGCGUCUGAAGGGAGUCCCCUACGAGCUCAUCACUGAAGAUCUGAACAACAAGAGCGAGUUGCUGCUGAGGCACAACCCCGUCCACCAGAAGGUGCCCGUGCUCCUCCACGGCGACCGGCCGGCCAUCUGCGAGUCACUCAUCAUCGUCGAGUACGUUGACGAGGCCUUUCAAGGGCCGCUGCUCAUGCCCGCGGACCCUCUGGCUCGCUCCGCGGCGCGGUUCUGGGCCAGCUUCAUGGAUAAAGAGUGCGGGGAGUCCAUGUGGAUGGCACUCUGGACGGACGGCGAGGCGCAGGCGGCGGCAGCGAGGGACACAAAAACGAACCUGACGCUCAUGGAAGGACAGCUGCCAGAGGGGAAUAGGUUUUUCGGGGGCGACGCCAUUGGCUACCUUGACAUAGCCCUCGGGUGGAUCGCGCACUGGAUGGGGGUGUUCGAAAAGAUUUCCGGAGCGCGGCUGCUGACAGAGGAGGAGCACCCCGCGUUGUGCCGGUGGGCGAGGGAGUACACGGCCGACGAGACAGUGAGGCAGUGCCUUCCGGACAGGGACCGCGUGAUUGCCGCCUUAACGCCGAGGAAGGAGUUGUAUAUAAGCAUAGCUAAGGCAAUGCCCGCGCAGAGGUAGUUCUCUGUCUGUUUGACCUGUAGCAGUGGUUAUGUAAUUUAAAGCUAUCGUCUGCAUUUGAAAUAAAAAGUGCAAGUACUCCCGGGGUAA